GGAGAGUUCUGUACAUGCAAAAGCAGUGGGGGGAAAAGCAGUAGGGGGAGGUAGACUGUGGGGGUGAGAAUGACGCUAGUGAUCACCCAGUUACAACAGGAAGAGCCUCCACACUUUGAGGCUGGAGCGGGCCUGGAGCUAUCCCUCACUGUACGAGUGACAUCUUUGCUGCAGGGAAAGCCUCGUGCAAACACUGACAAUUCAUCGAAGUUCGUGUCAACCAGUCUCUCGACAGGGUGUGCACAUUAGACCCUCGCUGACUAGCAAGAAACUGCGGAUAUUUGACAGUUUUAAUAACUGUCACAUUCUUUGGCGAGGGAGUGAUCUUUUCGAUCUUACAACCACCCUUCAAGUCUCAUCGGAGAAGCGUCCGCAGAAAGUAAUUUGUCCAAAACAUUGUCUUGCAUGGAUGUGUCACAAGAGCGAGCAGACUGUCGACACCGAUAGCCUCGGACAUUAUUACCUGUGUUACACAUAAGAAAGUGUUGGCUGUCAGCAUUAGUUUUCCUCCACUCCCUCAAAAAAAAAAAAAGUUGCUAGUUUAAAUGAGAGCUGCAGCCCUACCUUACCACUUUUCUCUAGCAGCACCGACUGCACUUGCAGGCAACCCUUCAUAAGCGUUCGAAGAUCGCUCGAACUCGUGCAAUCAUUGGUCUUCAGACAGUUCCGUUACCGCCAUAUUUUUGUGACACCGGCGAUGUUUGCAUAUGCGAGGGCGCAACUGAACUUGCUAACCACCGGCGGGAUUAGGUCAGCUGCUCGAGGUCCGAGUGGUUCUGGAGUAUUGGUUCUGCCCUGCAGUGUCCUCAGACCUGAGCAACAGUGGAUCCUGCUUUUGUUCUUACAAUUGUAAAAUCUCGUUUAUUCACUUAGUCGUGACGCCAUUGCACGUGAGCAAGAACGUUGUUAAGUGGAGGGCUGAGCGUUCGUGACGCAAGUGAGGACCUCACCCGAUACAAUUUUCAAGUGCCCGGAUUGGAUUGGUCAGCAGGUGGAGCAGCGUGGACAGGGCGUAAGAAAGAGGCGCCGCAAGCUGCUGAAAGAUUUACAUCCAGAAAAAGAGUUCGCGCCCCAUCUUUGUCCUCACACAGAGGGCGUUCCGAACGUUGUAAAGUGCCGCCAGGGGGAGCCUGCGAAGUCUGCUUUGUCUCGGGAUCUCUCAGGCGAUCUCGUUGAUCACGUGUGUUGAGUUUGUUUGGCAAGACUAUUCGACUCACUUGGGAAAUCUUUAUACAUUAGAGUACGAACCACUCAAACUCUGCAGUCGGCUGUCAGCGAUUACUAACCGUUGGGGAUCCGUUUUGAUAUCUCGGAUCACUGGAGAGAAUUGUGGGAUUAUCAUUUUACCCAGUUAGUCCUUUCUUCAAAGACUUAUUCUUUGCCAUGGAUGCAAAAGGAAAUCCAUCUCUGUCACCAAAGAUGAUUGCAGAACUGCGAGAAGCGUUCCGGCUGUUCGACAAGGAUGGCGAUGGGUCCAUUUCGACAGAAGAACUGGGCACGGUCAUGCGAAACCUGGGUCAGUUCCCUUCAGUUGAAGAGCUCAACACCAUGCUGAAGGAGAUCGACAUCGACGGUGAUGGGACAUUCUCCUUUGAGGAGUUCGUACAGGUGAUGGCAAACAUGGGGGGACUCAACGAAAACUCUGCAGAAGAUGAAGAGGAGGAGCUUCGGCAAGCUUUUCGGGUGUUUGACAAGUCCGGGUGCGGGUACAUUACCCCGUCAGACCUCAGAGCUGUGCUUCAGAACAUUGGGGAGAACCUCACAGAGGAAGAGAUUGAUGAAAUGAUUGCUGAGGUCGACAUCGACGGCGAUGGCAGGAUUGAUUUUGAAGAGUUCAUCGCUUGCAUGAGAACCGAAGACGAGGAUGCUUCCAUGAGUCCAUGAGGUCACAGAACGAAGACACGUGACCUGACAACGGGUGUGCACGCUGCGGCUGCACGUGGCUUGCUUUUCAUGCCUGACCAUCCGCCUUACCCCAAUAUCAUCAUGUUACCCCCUUCUUUUAAUUGCAUUUAAUUUCCGACUGUUCUCAGUAGUCAAGUGUUGCUCAGUGACACUAAAGCGAAGUUUGAAUCAUUUUAUCUUAGUAAUCCAGAAGACGAGGGCAAAGUAAGAUGAUUAUGUGUUUCAACUCCGUCCUUUCUGUUAUCUUUUGCAAGGACCGAAGGCAGCUUUUGAACGAAUUGUUCAUCUGCUCUUUCGAUCAUCCUUUUCUCCUGCCAUAUAUACCCAGUCCCCUCUUGUAUAGACUCCACGCAUAAUCUCUUAGUACAGUUUUGUCUGGCACGGUUUUAAUUAGUCCAUUAAAAAAAUAAGUUGGGAGGUAUGACAUCGUAUUUAACCGCUUUCAACUUUCGACAAAAAUUGCAGACGAUGGAACUAGUCUUUAGUUUUAACAGUGGGCACAGGAUGAAGUCUGCAAUGGUUGGCUUGAUUGAUUUUGUUGUAGUCAAUUUUCUCUUAUUCCCUGUCUUGCAUUCACAAGCAGCAGACGAUAAGGUUACACCUUCUGUUUCCACUCUCUUCGCUGUCUGACAAUACUUGUUAUUGAAGCUAUGUGCAACAUUUCAGCGGCUAGAAAACAACCCUACUGUUAACACUUCACCUUUCACCAGCACCGCAAAUAGUUUAGAGAAGGGAAACAAAGGAGGGAAAAACUAGUACAUGCCCCGAGUCUGUUGUGAGCGCUGUCUGAUCGUGAUUCCCUGGAAACAAUCGAACCAUUUAUCUGUACACACCAAAGUAACCCACAACUCUCGUAGAACUAUUUUUCUCAAAGCGACCUGUGUUCUGCUUUGCAUUAUUCUUUUGAGAAAAUGCGUAGGUUGGGAAAAAUAACUUCUUAUGGUCGGGAUUCUGUGCUAUACGAGUUUGUGUUUUCUCACAAUAAUUAAUUCAAACGCAUUUCCUAUUCGUAUAUUCAACUUAAGGAUUUGUAAUGAAUGACUACGAACAUCACAAUACAUGUACAUGAAAGCAGUCAGUGAUACGAACAUAGGGUCAAAGUUUAUUCUGAGCACAGCUGAUGUAACCAAACUGUAAUAUCGAGAAAAGGACAUUUUUGUGAAAGUUACUGCAAGUAUAGAGUCUAGAAAUCAAGAAGUACAGUGACCCACUUCAAAAUAAUUCGUUUCUUGUGGUCCACCCUGUGCAACAUGGCGGAUUUGAGGCUUGAAAUAUACUGUGGUUCACGAACAACUCGUAGAAAUUGUGUUCCAGUUCCUUGUUGUCUGAGGUGAGGGCAGAAGUGAUAGUCCUAAAAUAACACUGAUAACUACCCCGAUUAGCACAGGGUAGGAUCCGUGCACUUCAUUGUAUACUAACCUUAUUCUUGUUGAUUUUUUUUUUUUAAGCUAGCAUUUCAAUUUCAAUUUUUUUUUAAUUUUAGUGAUUUCAGUUCACAUUUUUUGUGAUUAUAUGAUCUGUACCGCAUGCGAACCUGGUCCCAUGUCAUCUUACACGAAUGUGAGUUGUGGUGUACAUAAUUUAAAGAAAAUACAAUUGUAUUAUUGGAAACAUACCAUCUUACCUGAGUCAGACGAGAAUAUCACCGACGAAACUCAGUUUCAGCCUAUAUUUAGGAAGACAACAAAGAUCACGGUUUUGGUUAUGUUGAGGCUGAAAGUAAAAAUGAAAAUUGUACAUGGUAUAAACCACAUAUACUGGUUCUGAUAUUAUUGUGAACUGCGCACCUAAUGUGGGUUGCACUUUACAAAACUAUCGAAUAAUAAACUGUUGGACAUACGAUAAA